UCCCAACCCAUAAAUCGUCUUUCCCUGGUUCAUAUCAUCCUCUCUCGCCUUUGCUUCUCCGUCUCCUCUGGGAUUAGGGUUAGAUCAUUUUGAGAGGAGCCAUGUUGGUGUAUCAAGAUCUUCUCACAGGUGAUGAGCUUUUGUCGGACUCAUUCACGAGCAAGGAAAUUGAAAAUGGGAUGUUGUGGGAAGUUGAAGGGAAGUGGGUAGUUAAAGGGGCUGUUGAUGUGGACAUUGGUGCAAAUCCUUCCGCAGAAGGUGGAGAAGAUGAAGGAGUUGAUGAUACUGCUACUAAGGUGGUUGAUAUAGUUGACACAUUCAGACUUCAGGAACAACCUGCCUUUGACAAGAAGCAGUUUGUGACUUAUAUCAAGCGUUAUAUCAAGUUACUAACUCCUAAACUCGACGAGGAGAAGCAGGAAUUGUUCAAGAAGCACAUCGAGGGAGCUACAAAGUUAUUGCUUUCAAAACUUAAAGACCUACAAUUUUUUGUGGGUGAAAGCAUGCAUGAUGAUGGGAGUUUGGUGGUAGCAUACUACAAGGAUGGUGCAAUUGAUCCAACGUUCUUAUAUUUUGCCUAUGGACUGAAGGAAAUCAAAUGCUAAGUAUCAUGUUAGGAGUGCUACCGGAUGAAGGAAGUCGAAUGCUAUUUAGUUUCAGCGCUAUCUUCCUUCUGCUUUCAAGAACAAAUGAGAUUAUGCUUUUAUUAUGUUAUCCUUUCUCGGACUAAUUUAAUUUACUUUCGAGUGUUUUUAAGGAUGAUUGUUGCUUUUA